AUGUCGGAAAGUCGUCUAUCAUCAUUCGGUUGGUGUCCGAUUUUUUUUGUUCGAGACUACGAUCCAUCCAUAGAAGAAAGCUAUUUUGUCACCAUGAAAGUUGAUGGCAAAUCCUAUGUUUUAGAUAUAUUAGACACAGCCGGCUCGGAAGAAUAUUCCGCACUUCGUGACGUUUACACACGUAACUCUUAUGGGUUUUUAGUCGUAUACUCGAUCACAGAUAGGGUUUUAUUUGACGAACUUGAUCAUUUCAGAAAGAAAAUAUACACAACACAACACAACAGAAAGCAUAUAAUGAACACAUUCCAAUCGUUUGAGAGUGUAAGAACUGUGUCUAUUGAAGAAGGUGAAAAACUUGCUGAAGAGUGGAGAGUUUCUUUUUAUGAAACAUCUGCAAAAAAUCGAAUUAAUAUCAAUAAAAUUUUUAUCGAAGUGGUAAGUGAUAUUGUACGAACUAAAUACAAACAAAAACAAGUUGAUGACAAAUAUAACAAAACAUGUUUUUCAUGUAUUUAUUUUAAAAUGGUCAAAUACAACUUUAUAUAUUUCACUUUUACGAUGGUAUCGAAAUUGUUAAUUAUUAGUUGUUAUUUUUGGUAA